AUCCUUCUGCCUCUGCCUCCUGAGUGCUGGGAUUAAAGGCGUGCCCCACCAAUGUCCAGCUGCUUUGCUUGUUUUUUGACACAGGGUCUACCUAUAUGUAUAGUUCAGGCUUGUUUAGAACUUGCUACUGUAGCUGAUGCUGGUCUCAAACUUUCUAUUCUACUUCAGACUCAUGAGAACUGGGAUCACAGGCAUGCACUGCCACAUCCAGCUAGGAGUGCCCACUUGGAUUUUGCAGUCAGAGAUAACAGCAAUGACAUCAAAAUGGAGAACUGCUGCAUCUUGGUAUUCUCACCCAGUAUAUGCAAGGUACUGGCGACAUUACCAUCAUGCAAUGGCUUGGAUGCGAAACCACCAGAGCGCCUACAGAAAGUCCAGGGAUUCAUAUUUCACUUCCCCGUGGUUCUCCCCUUAUGGAGUUCUUCCCUGGAACUAUCUUGCUUAUGACGCUGGACAUCCUUCCAACUAUCAAGACCAGCACAUGGCCUGGCAGGAGCCUCCCUUCCAUGUUUCACAUCGCAAAAACUCUGGGCAGCCUCUGCAUGACAACAGUAGAACCCAGGCAUCCAUAAGAGAAGAUGAAGCCCCGCAGGAAGAGGAAGAGAUAGAGUCAGAUUCAGGUGACGAAGUAGAGUGUGACCUGAGCAAUAUGGAAAUCACCGAGGAGCUCCGCCAGUACUUUGCAGAGACUGAGAGGCACAGAGAAGAGCGGCGGCGGCAGCAGCAACUAGAUGCAGAACGCCUGGAUGACUAUGUGAAUGCCGACCAUGGCCUCUACUACAACCACCACCGGUCAGUGAAGCCCCCAUCUGAGAAGCCUGGGGAACGGCGCCAAGCCGAGAUGAAACGCCUAUAUGGGGACAGUGCUCCCAAGAUCCUGGCCAUGGAGGCUGCUGUGCAGCUGAGCUUUGACAAAUACUGUGACAAAAAACAGCCAAAAUACUGGCCUGUCAUUCCCCUGAAGUUCUGAGGCCUGGGCACAGGGACCCUAGGGAAUGCCUCCUGAGUAUGGUUCCUGGCCUUUCCCUCUUUCUUUUGAAUUUGUUGUUUUCAUCUCUCCUGGACAUUUGUCAGAGAAAGAGGCCUGUAUACCGAUACAAUCUGUCAGCCAUGUUUUAUUCGCUAUCAACAGGAGGUACACUAUUGCCAACACAAGGAAUGUCCCUUGACAUAAAGUGAUAACCGUGUAUAUUGUGUUGGCUCCUAACACGCUCUCAGAUGGAGUCUAGUUCAGUGAAAUUCUUGUCUAGGCAUACUGGCUAGUGGUUUGCAUUGGUAAUUUCCUUCUUUAACUUUCCUAGAUGUCACAAAAGCCUUAAACCACAUGUCAUUCUUUUUUUAGACCAGUUCUCAUAUAGCCCAAACUAGCCUCAAAGUCUUAAAUUCUCCUGUUUUCACUUCCCAAAUGGUAGCUUACAGGUAUGCACCCCAUUCUGGACUGUAAUCCACAUAUUCUCUCUGACUCUAACCCUUUGGAUCCCUCUGAAAAUGAUGCAGCUGUACAGUAAGACAAAUGUCACUUGUCACUCAGCUAGGUAUCAGCCUGCAUGCUCUAUAAAAAGGCCCGAGAGUAAAUACUUUGGGCUUGGCAGGCCAUGUAGUCUGUCUUGUAACUGUCUAACCUUGACUUUAUAGCAUAAAAACAGCCAUAGGUACUGAUUAAACAAAUGGAUAGGACUGUAUUCCAAUAAAACUUUAUUUGUAAUACAGGCCAUGGACUAGAUUUUAUCUACAACUUCUGCUAAUAACAUAGUGAAAAUCAUGCAUCAGACACUAUUGUUAUCUCAUUUUCUGUCCUUGGAUGUCAAACAAAAUUGAUAGCAAGGGACAGUAAUUCCCAAACCUGGUCACUUUUGCAGCCUCUUUUGUUGUCAAAAUGCACGGUUGAUUUCUUAUUGCAUAUAGUAAAUACCAAUUUGAUAAGCAAAUACAUCUGUGAGAAGGAAAUCUAAACAUUGAUGGAGAAGUCCAUUUAUAGGAGUCAGCUGCUUUUUAAAUAAGUUAUUACAGUACACUGCUGGGGUGAGCCUGUGUUGACCUGAGAAGAUUAGCACAUCCAUCAAAGGUUGGUGAAAAGAUUUUGUAUUGACAUGUUUCUCUUAGGAACACAUUUACCUUCCAUCCAGCCCUUGCCCUGAGACAAACACAUUCCUUUCAGCAGCCCCAGGUGUUUAUCUGUUCCAAGCUCUCAUUUUAUUACUGGCAUUGCAAUUUGUGCUUAGGUACUGUGGACAAAACUCAGAAUUCGCUUGCCCCCAAGGUGACACAUAACUAAAAUUUUCAAUGUUUGGUCUUUCUUAAAAAGUCUAAUGUCUAAAUGAUCAGAUUAAUGUGACUCGGAUACAAACAAGCCAAAGCCUGUCUCAGCAGCAAGUGCUUAGCUGAGAGUCCAGUUUUUUAUCCCUGCCUCAGAGAUGCUGCCAUGCCGUGCUACCUCUGCUGGCUUUGUUUCCUUCCUCUCUCCAUGCUUUUUCUUUCCUCUUGGAAAUGAGUGUUCAUGGUUUCCCUUCCCCACUCUUGGGAAGACCAUUGAGCAGGACCUGUAAAACACAGCACUGACUGAACAGUAAAUAGUCAAUAUUUAUAUUAUAUUCACUCUUUUUAAAAUGCCAUAAGAUUUCAAGGGGGGGUGGUGGGAAUUUUCUUCUGUAUACUGUGAAUAUAUGUUUCUCUUAUUUGUUGAUGAAUAAAGUUGUUUUGCCCAGAAA